AUGAGAAUGUCUACCCUUCCAAGUGCCAACUUGAGCUUCUCUACGUUCAUGCUGACAGGUUUUCCAGGACUGGAGUGGGCUCACCACUGGAUUUCACUGCCCAUCUUUAUAGGGUACCUUGUGGCUCUCCUUGGUAAUGCCACUAUCUUGCAUCUGGUGCGAACUGAUCCUUCCCUUCACCAGCCCAUGUACUAUUUCCUGGCCAUCCUGGCCGUAACAGACUUGGGCCUGUGCAUGUCCACACUGCCCUCAGUGCUAGGUGUUCUGUGGUUUGAUGCUCGGACAGUAGGCCUGGUACCCUGUGUUCUGCAACAGCACUUCCUUCAUUCAUUCUUUUUCAUGGAGUCAGCUGUGCUCUUUGCUAUGGCUCUGGAUCGCCUCGUAGCUAUCCGUUUCCCACUGCGCUAUGCAUCAGUGCUUACAGGCUCUCGUGUGGCCUUGGCUGGGCUUGUACUGGGCUUGCGAAGUGCCGCAAUCACAGCUGCACCCUCAUUACACUUAUUAAAAUUUAACUACUGUCACCCAGGACCACUCUCCCACGCCUACUGUCUCCACCAGGACAUGAUCCGCCUGGCCUGCUCUGACACUCGCUUCAACAGGCUUUAUGGGCUGUGCAUCAUUAUGCUGGCCAUGGGUUCCGAUGUGCUCUUCAUCCUGCUCUCCUACACAAUCAUCCUCCACACUGUGCUGGCCAUUGCCUCCGCUGGGGAGCGACUCAAGGCCCUCAACACUUGUGUCUCCCACAUCCUGGCGGUGCUCUGUUUCUAUGUGCCAGUGCUAGGUCUAUCCGUUGUGCACAGAUUUGGGCGCCAUACCUCGCCACUGGUACACAUCCUCAUGGGCACAGUUUCUGUGCUCUUCCCACCGCUCAUGAAUCCAGUCAUCUACAGCAUCAAGACCCAGCAGAUUCGCCGGGCCAUCCUCAAAGUGAUUUCACUAGGGAAGAUACAAUGA